GCCAUGUUCGCGCGUUCACCACCACCAGUCAGGCGCACUCGGCACGUCGUCGUCGCCGUCCUCGUCGUCGUCGUCGACGAGUGAUCGUCGUGGCAGGAUAGAUUUUCGUCCCCUUUGACCGUUAUCGUCGCGAACGACGUAGCCAUGCGUCUGUAAAAUAUUUGAAAGAGUGAUAAAAUUUGUUCCGCACAUUUUUUUCGCCUUUGUGUUCGAGCUUUCGAACGCGAGAAAUCCGUCAAGUAGUUACAGCCGAGUCGAGGCCGCCGUCGAGUAACGCCCAGGGGUGGAAAUAGCUCGAAGAAAGAAGAAAGAUAGAGAGAGAUAGAGUGCAUAUAGAACCCGUUGAAACAGCUUCCGUGUCAAAAUGCCACCGUUCGUCAAAAGGGACGUGAACCCUGCCGAGACGCGUAACGAGGAAGUUAGCGAUGCUGGUAUCACCGAUUCCAACAUAUUUUUCACUACAGAAAUUGAAGAGAAGGCUGGAACAGAUGAGGUCGUUACCGAAAGCGCGGCGAAAUCCUUCAAGAAUAAAGUGGUGGAGUUCGAGGAAAACCUCGCGCAGGAUAUGGGGAUACCACCUUGGGGUCUUGUUGCUAUUUUAAUAGGAGUAGGCGUAAUCGUUCUCGGAAUUUGCUUCUGCUGUAUACGAAGAUGCUGUCGCAAGAGACGCUCCAAAGAUGGCAAGAAGGGAUUGAAGGGCGCGGUAGAUCUAAAGUCCGUGCAGCUUUUGGGCAGCACGUACAAAGACAAGGUACAGCCGGAUAUGGAAGAAUUGACGGACAAUGCAGAGGAACCGGACGAAGCUGAAAGUAAGCAGAGCGAAGUUAAACUCGGAAGACUACAAUACAAGCUCGAAUACGAUUUUAAUUCAAACAGUCUCGCCGUGACAGUAAUCCAGGCUGAGGAAUUGCCAGCAUUGGACAUGGGUGGCACAUCAGAUCCAUAUGUAAAAGUAUAUUUAUUGCCAGAUAAGAAGAAAAAGUUUGAGACAAAAGUUCACAGAAAGACACUGAAUCCGGUAUUCAACGAGACUUUCACGUUUAAGAGUGUCCCUUAUGCCGAUGCCAUGAACAAGACUCUGGUCUUCGCCAUCUUUGACUUCGAUAGAUUUUCAAAACACGAUCAAAUCGGAGAAGUUAAAGUGCCGCUCUGCCAAGUUGAUUUAGCGCAGACGAUCGAAGAGUGGAGAGAAUUACAGAGUGUUGAAGGCGAGGGUGGACAAGAUAACAAGCUGGGAGAUAUAUGCUUCUCAUUGAGAUAUGUACCAACCGCUGGAAAACUGACAGUAGUCAUUCUGGAAGCUAAAAAUCUGAAGAAGAUGGAUGUUGGAGGCCUCUCGGAUCCUUAUGUUAAAAUUGCAUUGAUGCAGAAUGGAAAGAGAUUGAAGAAGAAGAAAACGUCGAUCAAGAAAUGCACUCUUAAUCCGUAUUACAACGAAUCAUUCACCUUUGAAGUACCUUUUGAGCAGAUACAGAAAGUACAACUUGUCGUCACUGUAGUUGAUUACGAUCGCAUCGGCACAUCAGAACCGAUCGGAAAGGUGGUCCUGGGAUAUAAUGCGAGCGGAACGGAAUUGAGACACUGGUCUGACAUGCUGGCAUCUCCCAGGCGCCCGAUCGCUCAAUGGCAUACGCUAAAAGACCCCGAAGACGGAGAUAAGAAGGAUUAAGAAUGUUGAUUUUUCAGUUUAAGGAUAAUUGAUUGGGAAAGGGGUACGGAAAAGAAUAGGUGAGAUGUAGAGGAUAUAGAGAGGAAAGGGAGGAAGGGGAGGAAAAAAGAGAAAGCGAAUAAAUCCAAAGAGAGAGAGAUAACAAAUACAUACUUAAUAGAUAUUAAUGAUUAAUUAAACAAUAAAAAUACCAUGAAGGAUUUAACAUUAAAAUAAUUCCCAUGUGGAGAGUGUAGUGUCUUGUAUAUAUAUACGUAUAUCUAUAAUAUACUUCUCUCUGUAGAUGUAACGUUAAAUUAUUUCAGGUAACGCGUCGUCCUUUUUGAGAUAUCGAUUGAACAGAAACGAAAAUGUUGAAUAUUUACAAACAAAAUAUAUAUAUCCCCGAAAAGUAUCUACAUCAUUAGAUAUCCCGCAGAUAGGCUUCCAUCUUGGUUCGGCCGAUCGGUGCAGAUUUCCGUCAUAAAUUUUCUCUAAAUGCGUCGUUCAUGUUACAAAUAUUAUAUUUAACUAUUUCGGUUGUAUCGUCCGUAAAAGUAGCGGUAUAAUUUUUUUUCAAGCGAAGAAACACGUAGCAAAAAUGGUGUAAACGUUGACAGUUGUGUGCGAAAUAAUAGUGAUGGAUGACAACAUCGAAUACGCAAAACACUUCGAAAUAUGAAUUAUGAUUAUUAAUUAAGGGACUUGGUAAAAGAAAGUGUUACACAAAGUAAUAAAUGUUGGCAAGAGGUGAAAUUAUAAUUGAAUUAAUAUAAAAUUAUUUUUUUCGAAAUUUUGGACAGUUGUAAAAUUAUUUCCUUUAAUAAACAUAAUUAUAGUAUACAUAUAUGUCUGUAUAAUAUUUUUUUUCAAUUUAUUAAUUUUUUUCAUUUUUUUUGUACCAUUCCUCUUCCUUUUUACCAAGACCUUUAAUUAAAAUUAAAAAUUAUUACUGGCCAUCACAUUUCAUGCAUUUUCACAAUCCAUUGCGUUAUUUUGAAUCUCUUCGAAAAGAAUCGAGAUCGCGUCGUGCACUGAACUCUCUCGUGCGCUCGAAAGCUCACAUUGUGGCUCAGUGAACGUGCAUAAGCUUUGCUCAUGGACAUUUCUUUAUUGAUCUUCAAAUAAAACAACAUCUCGGCAUAUUUUCGUGCAAACAGGCAAUGCUUGAAUCGACGAUAUUCAACCCCGUGUGCUAUAGUUAGAUGACUCUCCACUCAUUAUAUGCCACUUGUACGGAGAACGAUCCACGAUACGAAACGAAGCAUGCGAGUAGAAUCAUUUUUUGAUUUUUAAGGCGACCAAAAAAUAUUUUUUUGCUAUUAAAUAAGAAAAAUAUAAAAAAUAUAAAAUUGUUUAAAUAAUAUUUUAACAAAUUGCAUAUAAUUUACAUUCUAUUAUCUUAUUAUAUAGUACAUUAUUAACUGUUUAUUAAUUGUUUUAGUCCUAUUAUGAUUAUUCAUAUAUCGUCGCAUAAAACAUUUAAAAAAAUAAAGAGAUGCAAUUCUGAUGGAUUGGUUCGAAUGUCGAGUGCAUCUAAAAUAAUUCAAGAAAAUUCUCGUUGUAGAAAUUGAGUUUGUAACGUUUCACCAUUUCCUUCGAGACUAUGCCCAAUUUUUGUAAAAGAAGAAUCGUAUCGUAUAUCGAAAUUGUACGUUGGCUUUUCGCGUGACUAUUAUGCAAUUUUCUACUCGUCAUCCAUCCAUCACUCGUGAUCCGUGAUAUAUGACGGACGUUCGCAUCUGCAUGUAACUGUGUAAAAUAUUCAUAUAUAUAUAUAUAUAUAUAUAUAUAUUCUAUUGUACACAUAAUAUAAAUUAUAUUGCGAGUUAUACAUUAUCUGCAGAUAUUGUUAUCGUUUUUUAGUCGUAAAUCGCGAACGGUCCUAUUCAUCUCGACUUAAUCCGCAUCCAUUAAUCAUUCAUAAUAUCGUCGAGCAAUCGAAGCAGCAGUGUCUCAUGUUGAUAUCCUUGGAUAUCCGAGGGAAAUUACGAUCAAUGUGAAAUACAGAUGCACGGAAAACGAGGAAAUUGAAAGGAUUGUACAAGCAUCGCGGUAUGAUAAAAAUAUAGAGCAAAAUUCUAUAAUAAUAUUAAUUGCGGAUAUUCCAAUGUGUCUACAAACAUAAGUUUAUUGGUGAACAAGCCAUUUUUGCGCAAAAUAUAACUUGUUUGUUUUUGCGACAAAUUUUUUAAUCGCGGAAAAUACUGAAUUUAAUACGAUUGGUCAAAGUCGUUGAUUUUAAAAAGAAGAUUUCUUCGUUUCUCUCUCUAUUCUCUCUUUCUCGUCUAAUUGAAUUGAAAGUCUAAUUUCUUUUGUAAAUAUACAUAAGUAUGUCAGCUGUGAGAGACAUCCUUUCAGAGAUUACGAUUCCUCGCCGUUUGUCAGUUUUCACUGUUCGAUUUUAUGUUAUUAGCUAAUGCAAUUUUAGUUUUAACGCCCCCUCUGAGAGAGAAGUUAUACAUGCUAUAUCAAGUUCUAGUCACGAUAUGAUAUAUAAGAAUACGAUAACGUCCGAUAAUGAUAUAUUUGAGAUAAUCACCAAUCCUGGUCGUCGCGAACGCGUUUGCUUUUCUUUCAACUAUUUUUGCAGAUUACAAAAAUUAUGUAGAAUCUUUUAUUUUUUUAUAUUAUAAAAAUACAUUAAUCAAGCAAAUAUUAAUUUUCUUUCUCUUUUUACAACUAUAAUAUGUGUAUAUUUUAUCAACAAAUUUUUUUUAAAUUUAUUUUGUCCCUUUACCUGUAUAUAUAAAAUAUAUUUAUUUUCUGUUACACAUAAAUGAUUUAUUACCGCUUUUAUAUAUUUUCUUGUAACAAAUAUUUAAUAGAAUUUUAGAAUCUUUUAGAAUCCUUGUAACCAAAUUCUUAUUAGAGUUUUUAUAAUAAUUGCGCUAUUUUCUUAAUCGCGCAAUAGAAAAAGACGUGGUCAUCUCAAGUAUAACGAUAUGGAUGAUCUCUUGAUAAUAUAUAAUAAUAACUAAUGAUAAAUAUAUAAUAAUCAUAAUAAUGUUAAUGAUAACCAAGGAUAGCGAGAAUGGAGACUAUUUGGCGAUAUCGAUUGAUUUUAGCUUUGUAUCGUAGCGUUUACUCGAUAUGUAAGAUUAUAUAAUUACGCGUUACAUAUAUAUAUCUAUUAUCGUUAUAACAAAUGAAGAUUAAAGUAAUUUAUUAUAGAAUGAAAUUAUCUUAUACGCGGGAUGGAAAAGGAAGGGGGAUACGCCAUUAAAAAGGUAUUCUCGGAAUCCUUUUCCCGUAUCUCUCAAUGUUUCGAAAUUAAUUCGAUAAUAUAUCCAUCUGUAUAUCUAUCCUAUUAACGAGAGCUGUGUUACCGAAAUCCAAGUUUAUCUUCAUCAGCAUUUACGAAAAUGACUCAUCACUUUCGGAAAUGAUGAGAACGUAAUGAUGAGAAUUUACAUCAAGAGGAUUUUAAUAUGAGAUAGUUUUAAAAUGUUAUUUGAAAAUGUUAAUUUUUUAAAUUAAAUUAAAUUAUUUUAGCUCUUAAAAUAAUCCCAUUUAUAGCGAGGAUUCUUAACUUUUCAUUUUUCUUCAUUCCAUCAAUGAUUUAGUUUUAUAUCUUCGGUGAGCAAUUUUGAUGAUGUCAUAUAUAUUAUUCUCAUCGCUAUGUUUCAAUUCGAAGCAUAAGAUCGAAUAAGAAAAUUGGAAAUUCACGCUAGUAAUAGACCGCUAAUAUUAUCAGCCGUUUAAAAAGAUAUUUUUACCUUGCGAAUCGUAAUCGCCGAUCAGAGAUCUCAUCUCAUCGGCGAUCGGAAUCCAUCUAAAGCAACACAAUUAUCGCAUUAAUUAUCACAACGCGCAUAUUUAACAACUCAUUAAUCUGAUCGUCGAGCGAUUGGAGAGAGAAGUAGAGUGUAGAAUAGCGGUGUGUAAAGUCUUUUAGUCACGUAGUGUGUCUUGUAGUAGGCCUUGAAGGAAAAUUUUCCCCCGAAUUUUUCACCUCCGAGAUUGCGAUCAUGAAAGACCUCUCUUAUUUAUGCGUUACUCGGGUUUGGUUCUACCGUUUAUCCAGGACCAAUUAUCGAAUUAAACGAUAAUAUAACAAUAUAUAGCAUGUGCGAUAGCACGCUAUUACUCAGCAGCAUUGUACUUAAACUACUUUAAUGAGAAUUCACGAAUUAAUAUAUAUUGUUGAAAAAUGAUUGAAUGGCGUCGACUGGGGACAAUGACUGUAGUAUUAAUUUAUCCGGCCGAUGAUUGCAAAAUUGUCAAUCUGUCAUUAUGAGAGAGAGGAAGAUAAAAGAGAAAAAAAGAGAAAGAAAAUUGGAACAUUUUUUACGCUCCCUGAAUCAAAAGUAUUCAAUUCUUUUUUUCGCAAAAAAAAUAGAUGUCUUCUUUCAAUUUUAUCAUUAUUAAUAUGAUCGGGUGCAAGCAUAAUUUUCUAAUGUCUUUCCCCUUCACUUUUGAAAUAAUCAUAUUAAAUGAUUUUCACCAUUGACGGCCUGGUCGGCGCCAUCGUGAGUUAAAAAUUUAGCUAGAGAUAGAUCCGUUCUCUUCGACUGCGCUUCUUUUUGCACUUUCCGUACUUCAAAUAAGAUAGAUCUGUAUUCACAUUACACGAAGAGGGGACUAAAAAAAAAAAGAGAGAGACAACAAGCGUGCUAUCGAAGAGAACGGAAUUGGUAUAAGGAGAACCAUGUACGUCCUAUAUGUACAAUGUCGCUCGCUAUAUUAACAUUGAUAUCGAGUAUCUCAUCCCAUCUACCCAUUUACAAGUAAUAUUUAAUUAGAGGCAGUAAAACGCGUCGAUUGUCGUGAUUGAAAUAAUAGAAGGUAAAUGUAACACGCACCGUGAUAUAAUAAAUUGUACGUGUGAAUACUCUGUAUCGUACGGAGAGGAAGUUGCGAUCUGUCCGAGCAGGCUCGUAGAGAGAACGAAGUGAAAAUAAAGAGAUGUACACACGA